AUGGGGAAGUUCAUCUCCGACCAGACGAACUUUGACUUCCAAGCGGCCGACUGGGAAAUCUGCGUUUGCCCGGUGGCACAGCAGAGCGGAAGUUGGUUCCAGUCGCAGUGCUACAAUAAUUGUUUCGACCGCUGUCUGAACACGAUGGGGGCGUGUGCCUGGAAUCAGGCUCUAAACCUCAAUUACAAGGGGAGAUGCUGCAUCAACACGAAGAACAACGCUAACCUCAAGAACUACUGCUUCAACAACCAGACCGGUCUCUGCUACCAGACC